AAUGGCAAAUUCUUACAUUGCAUUUUCUAUUUUUGUUCUAAUUACCCGUUUUUCGACAGGCGUUGAAGCCACAAAUCGGACAAAGCUAGUCCUCCGCCUUAUACACCGAGACUCGAUAUUUCGUCCGUCUUAUUCAGACGCAAAGAAUGACCUAAGGGCUCCUUUGGUUCCGUACGAAAGAGGCCUACUUUUCUUGGUAAAUAUUUCAAUAGGUGAGCCUCCGAUCCCGCAACUUCUAGCUAUGGAUACCGGAAGUUCACUAACGUGGCUGCACCCUCACCUCUGCACCGGAUGCAACCCUCCGGCAAACCGGGCCCCACUCAACAACCCUAAAAGAUCAUCGACCUGCACAAAGCUCUCGUGUGAUUUUAAAUACCAAUGCCAAGAAUAUUUCGUCAACAGCGAUUGCAGCCAAGUAUCUUCUCAAUGCACCUACAAGAUAGAAUAUGUCGACAGAUCGUAUGCCAGGGGCAUUAUUGUCUCAGAAAAGUUCACGUUCGCUACGUCAGAUGACGGCAUAUCGGUAAUUCCCGAUUUACUCUUCGGUUGCGGGCUCGAAAGCCGCGGGAACGUGCUAAGACUGAACGGAAUCCUCGGACUUUCAAACCUCAACCGACACUCGUUAGUCUCUCGAGUUGGUAAGAAAUUUUCGUACUGCAUAGGAAACAUCAGCGACCCUUAUUACACGUACAACCAGUUGGUACUAGGCGAAGGGGCCGUUCUAGAAGGCGAGUCAACUCGGUUGGGUAUUAGGCACGGUCACUAUGUGGUGAGCUUACAAGGGAUUAGCGUGGGCGAGACGAAACUUGAGUUCAACGAGCAAGAAUUCUAUUACAACGUCGUAAUAGACUCGGGGUCAACGUUGACUUCUCUAAAGAGAAGUGCUUUCGAACCCCUUAAGGAAGCAGUGGUGAACAUGCUCGACGGUCUGAUCCAGCCUGUACUAAUCGAGGGUUUCGGGGAAAGGCCCUGUUAUAGAGGGGAUUUGGUGAGAGAUUUAAAAGGUUUUCCGACUGUGACUUUGCAUCUCGACGGAGAAACUGAACUGAGUUUGGAUGUCGAAGGAAUGUUUCAGAGAAUCGGAAGCGAUUUGUUUUGCAUGGCCGUCGUUGCUUCGACGAACGGAAUUAAUAUUAUAGGAGUGCUUGCUCAGCAGUACUAUAAUGUUGGAUUUGAUUUGAAUGAAAUGAAGGUUAGUUUCUUGAAGAUUGAAUGUGAAGUCCUUGAAGACUAAAAAAGUACACGAGUAUCAACGCGCAAAACCAUUCGUUUUUAGAAAUAAACAUUUAAUCCCAACUUAACUCACGGUCGCAAACUUCUGCUUUUUAAGUAAGCUUUUGCAAGCACCACCUAAUUACAAGUACUUAUAAGUUAUAAGCUCCUAUUUAAAAUUUUGAUUCAUAUAUAGUGUGCUUUUGGCGCCAAGUUCAACUGACAUUACCGAAAUUUCACAAGAUAAGAUAUUUGUGACAAGCUCGACCUCGGAAUUG